AUGAGGCCAAUUACAUUUCUCGUUGCGAUAACUACUAUUGCUCUCAUGUUGUCUACUACUGGAGCGAGCUUUGAUAGAUGGGAGCCGAUAAAGAACUUGAAGGAUGAGCACAUAAAAGAGAUUGCAGAGUUUGCAGUGCAGCAUAGCAAUUUGAUAUCUAUCCCUAUCCGGUCGCUACAACUCCUAAAAGUGCAGAAAGGAAAAAUCCAACAGUAUGUCGCCGGCAUAAACUACAAGCUGAUCGUGUCCGCGGCCAUAAUCGGCGGCGAGGGCAGGAGGGCAAAGUAUUACGAGGCAAUUGUUUACGAGAAUCUUUCCCAUGUAAAGGAAUUGGUAUCUUUCAGGCCAUUACUUACAGUUUAG